CGGCGUGGUUGCCUUUUUUUUUUUGUCCCUCAUCGUGCUUGCGUUGAUCUGGUCUAGUUCUUCGUUUGUAUGCCUGGUAUCGUCCAAUCGACUUUCUCGAAGCUGCGUUGUCACAAUGGAGACUACCUUCAUCACCAUCCACGGUAUGGUUGCGAACGUUCGAUUGCCAUCUUGAUGGCUUCUCUCUUGCCUGCUUGACUCAAAAAUCACUUUCCAUUCCUCCUCGUUCCACUGUAGAUUCUAAGUGUGCGCAGAUCUGUCGCCCGAGGCCAGGAUCUUGUACUCGUCCGAUUCGAUCGUCGAUAUCCUUGGCCAUACCCCAGACGAGGUCGUCAAUAAACCCUGCUGGGAUUUUUUCCAUCCGACGGAUCUCGAAGACGCCAAGAAUCUGCAUUCCAAGGGCGUCCAGCUCGACAAGGCUGCCGUUCUGGCCUACUGCUUGCUGGCGCAUCGCGAUGGCCGCUGGAUCAACUGCGAGUGCUGCUUCACCUGCGUGUACAACGUCAUGGUCGUGUGCACCAGCGUAUACCGUCCAGGUGUAGCCAGCCAAAAGCGCGCUGCUGAGGCUCCCAUUGUGCGUCGUCUGUUUGCUUCUUCGCCCAAGGAUCCACGCUACCACAUGCUUUCCCACUUGUCGACCAAGUUCCAGCGAGACGUCGAGCAAGAGACCCACGAGCCACGAGCUGCCCUGUUUCUCAACCGCUUUACGCGCACUCUCACCAUCAUGUACGCCACCAGCGGCAUCGAGCAGGUGAUCGGCAUCUCUGGAGAAGACAUGAAAGGCCGCAGCUUCUACUACUGUAUCGCAGAAAACUGCCUCGAAGAUGCCGUCAAGUGCCUUGAAACCGCCAAAGGUAAUGAUUCGAUUGCUUACUUGCGCUUCUGGUUCCGUGACCCACGCCAGGACGACGUCCCACCCUCGAGCGAGUCUGAGAACGAGACGGACGCGGAGAUGACGGAUGUGACGGAGACGGAGGAUGAGGACGGUGGCGGCAGUCUCAGUGAGGCCGCUCCACAGCCAGCGGGGGGCAGCUCCGCUUCAAGUUCCAGUGCGCCCGCCGGCGACAGGACCAUGGCUGGGUUGGCAGAGAGCUCAGCUGGACCAAGUCAGCCAUCUGGCGCAGGAUCCAGCCAGGAGAGAACGCCGACUUCACCACCCGUCGAUCGGAACGAGCCGAUAGAACUUGAAGCUGUCGUAUCAUGCACUUCCGACGGCCUAGUAGUCAUUCUUCGCCGCGCACGCCCGCUCAUGCCUGGCGUCCUUCCCGAGCAGAUGCAAACGGGCCGCGCCGUGGCGACUGCACCGCAGCCGGCCCAGUAUCCCCGCGGCAUCUUCGCGGCACCGUGGGCGCCAGAGCCCGUCUUCAUCCCAGAACAGCCUCGUCCUGCACUUGCGGGAUGGUAUCAUGGCAUGCACCCUCAACAAGUGCAGCCCAUGCCGGCGCCGAGCGGCCCGAGCCCGCAAGACUUCAUGAACAGCAUCCGCGAGGUCGCCGUCUUCGCCUGGGCCCUCGUUGGCAUAAACGGAAACCUCGCCCAGUACGGACGCGGUCGCCCAGGAGAAGAGUCUCAGCCUGCUGAUGGCCUUCCCAUCUGGGACCCGCGCGCGAUCGACUCCGGCAACGUCACGCAAACGGGCACGCCGGCAACCACGAGUCCUCAACCGACGGGGACCAGUGCGACUCGUGCCGAUACGACUCGCGCCUAAUGAUGACGGGUAACGAACAAACGCCGAUUGCGGGCUUUCUUCAAACAUUGCCGUCUGCUUGUUUUUGACAGAAGAGACAAUGAUGUAACGAUGAUGAAUGACACGACUGAUUAUGAAAGUCCUUGACUUGCUACGCCGUUCCAUAGUCACCUUUUGACGUGUUGCCAGACACAAUGUGCCGUCCUACGUGAUGUAUUUUAAAUCACAUUGCUACAUUGCGGAGAAUAAAGCAUAUUUGAAAAAAAAAAGAAAAAUUUAAAAAUUAUAAAUCAAAGAACAAAUAGCAUAAUAAAAAAAAAACUGAAGUGAAAUGCGACAUUACAAUCU